UCCAGUUUAUUUGCUGCGAGCCUCACAAGUUCACAACCGCCCGUGGCCACCAUGGAUUGCUCCAGUGUGCCGCUGCCGCGCAACGAACACUUGCCCGCCGGCUCGCAGCCCGACUUUGUCACCUUGGAUAUCCGCACCCCCUCCUUGCAUGGACGCCGGUGCGCCGGCAUCGACCUGCGGUGGGUGCACUCCGUGGCCGCCGGGGGCAUCCUCUCCCUGUUCCUCCUUGCGGCCUCCGGUAUAGCAUUCCCCGCCACCUCGCUAUUCCUUCACCCGUACCACUCCUCUGCCACCCAGAGCCCGUCGCCGGCCGGGCCCCCGCGCUUCGCCUACCUCGUCUCUGGUUCGGCCGGCGAUGCCACCAGGCUGCGCCGCUGCCUCCUCGCGCUCUACCACCCACGGAACCACUACAUCCUCCACCUGGACGCGGAGGCGCCAGACUCGGAGUACGCGGAGCUGACCGCCUUCGUCGCCACGCACCCGGUUCUUGCGGCCGUGGGCAACGUGCGCGUGCUGGAGAAGGCCAACCUGGUGGUGGCCAACGGGGGCAUCGCCAUGGUAACCACCACGCUGCGUGCCGCCGCCACCUUCCUGCGCGGCGCCCGCGCCGACUGGGACUGGUUCAUCAACCUCUCCGCCUCUGACUACCCGCUCGUCACGCAGGACGAUCUGAUGGACGUGUUCUCGCGGCUACCGCGUGACCUCAACUUCAUCGUGGACCCGGGAGUCUUCAUGAACGAGACCGAGAACUUCACAGGUUCUGCUUGGAUGGUGUUGUCACGGCCAUUUGUCGAGUACUUGAUCCGGGGGCGGGACAACCUCCCGCGCACCCUCAUCGUCUACCACACCGACUUCGUCUCCUCCCCGGACGGCUACUUCCACACCGUGGCCUGCAACGCCGAGGAGUUUCGAAACACCAUUAUGAACCACAACAUGCACUACAUCUCCUCGGCCGACUCCCCUGGGCAUCACCCGGAACUCAUCACCUCCGGCCACUGGGAAGGGAUGAUUGGGAGUGACGCCCCCUUCGCGAGCAAGUUUGGCGACGACCCGGUGCUUGACAAGAUCGACGCAGAACUCCUAUCACGGCAGCCCGGAAUGCUUGCCCCCGGCAGUUGGAGCAUCGGAGAUAUUGGCGGCGAUGGCUCCUUCUGGAUUGUGAGGGACGCGACGCCCCUUCGUCCUGGUCCUGGAGCUGCGCGGCUGCAGCGCCUCGUCACGUCACUCCUGUCGAAGGAGAACUUCCGGCCUAAACAAUGCCAGAUGGUCAAUCACAAUGCCUAACAUUGAUCUGCCGGCUGCUAGUAUUGCCGGCCGUGCUCUGUUUUUCUUCCAGGGCUGAGCAUCAUCAAUAAUAAUUAAACCCGCUCCAUGUAUUACGCAGACUAGAACUUUAGAAAUCAGUGAGACGUGUGUUCUAGUUCCGGCACCAAGCACUUGACAGUACAGAAAUACAUGUUCCCUUUCUCUUUGCCUCUUCGCUCUUCGGUGUCGUGUAACAUAACUUUUCUGUGCCGGAGUUGUGUAACAUAAAUGAUCAAGGGCCACUGAUGUCGUGUAA